CGGGGAGGGCGGGCUGCCGCAGCUGGACCGACCGGGACCAGAACCGCACGACGGGCCUGCAGACGCUGAUAGAACCGUGUGAACCAGAGGGACUGGUCCGGUUUUAAUCCAAAAUGAGGGACUACUCGGCCACUCCGAGCAACGGAGGCGCCUGCAUGCCGUGUUGCCAAGUUUGCGUCUUUGCUUUUACCGCAUUUCUCAUCGUUGCGGAGAGGACGGCGCUGAUCUACUGCUUUGUGUACUAUCUGUGGGUGGGUCACAACUACUGCUACGCUCAUCUUGCCGGCUUCACUGCGCUGUUCCUGCUGCCAGGUUGGGGUCCCCAGUGGCUCAGUUAUCUGUGGUAUCUGUCAGAUGGACGAAUCCGCAGAAAGUCUCUCACCUGGACACACAUUCUGCACCUGGGUCUCUUCAAAAGACUGUGGGAGUGUAUGCGUCUGCCGGAUGAGGAUGUUUACGGUGAGAUCAUGCAGCAGGCUGAUGCAUCUGCCUUGCGGCUGUUUGAGGCCUUGGUGGUCACCCUCCCUGAAACGCUGCUCCAGACUUACGUGCUCAUCUGUACCGAUAUAGGAAUCAAAUCUCCAGCCUCAGUGUGUUUUGUGGUGUGUUUGUUGUCUCUGGCCUGGGCCUUGGUCCUCUAUGCGAGAGCCUGUUCACUCAUCAGACCAGGACACUUACACAUGACCCCUGCUGCCAUUCUGUGCCGACUGCUCUGGAGGGUCGGUAUGUUGGGAUCCAGGUUUGCUGUUCUCAUGCUCUUCACACGGAUCUUCAAACAGUGGAUCCUGGGAGUCAUCGGUGUGCACUGGCUCGGUGCAACUUUCUGGAUGGUGUCUCAGCAGACCGACAUCAUACGAUCAACUAGUCGAUGGAGACUCUUCAACCUUGUUCUGGGAGCCAUUCACAUCUUUCUCUUCCUCAAUGUGAAGUACGGUCAGUCCAGAUACCGCAUGGCUGGCUUCUACCUGGCCAUGUUCAUAGAAAAUGCUUUUCUCCUUCUGGCCUCCUCCUGGUUGUUCACUAUGGUGUCCUGGGACACUGUGGGCAUCCCCGCUGCAGUGUUCUGCAGUUUCCUCAUUGGACUGAUAGCUUUGGUGUUGUACUAUCGUUUCCUGCAUCCAAAGUCUUUCGAGAUCUUCCAGAGUAUUCGUCACAGAGGGAUCGGUGGAGCCUGCAUGGAGCGAGGAUCUACACUCUCAUUGGAAGAGAAAGUCUCACCCACUUUCCAUCGCCAUGCAACGCUAUCUGGAGGCGGGACCCUCAUGGACCUUCCUAUCCAAUGGGAGGGUUGGAAGCAUCACCACUGGCUGCUGAUCCGUUUGGCUCUGAAGACAGGAGACGUUUCAACCAUCUGGUCUGCCUAUGGUGAAGGGGGUCUGGCCGGACUGAUGGGUCUGUCUGAAGAAGUUCACUCCCCUGAUGAGCCUCAUUACCCUCGGGCUCCAAUUGUUCCGCCGCAGGUUCCUCAGCUCUCAGCUCCUCAGCCCGCUCCUGCAGCAGCUCCACCACAGGUGACCCAGGCUCCACAGGUUAGCGAGGCAGCGCCACCACCAAAACCGCCUCUGACCAGCGCAGUGGCCCGACCGGUGAGGAAAGCUCCUCCUACAACCAUCCAGGAUAUGAGGAGGUUUCCAGAGAUCAUCCCAGUGCAGGAGGUCAUUCUUGAAGAGACCGCAGAAGAAGAUUCCAGCGCUGCACCAUCAGAGGACAAAGGUGAUGACGAAUUCCAGAGCGCUGCUUACGGCUCGCCGUCACUUUCGUCUCCUCAACAAGCAGGAAGCCUCCAUCACAUCGACAGCAACGCAGUGACGCUGACUGAGGCGUCCUCCGUAGGUUCUCUGGACAUUAAGACACCUGGCUGGUCACCUGAGCGACGUUCCCCUCUCCUGAUCGGUUCCCCAGAGAAAAAAUCUGCGGUCCCCGGAGAAUCCAGCACUACACUGUAUUUCAGUGCAGAUGCGCAGUCGCCCUCCAGUGGCAGCUAUCUCGGCUGGGGCUCCGAGUUAUCGCCCAUCUCCACCUACCGAAGUCCCUACAGGAUCAGGGAGGCCCGCUUUGUCACAUCUACCCCACGACUGGAGCCUCGUGCUGGGGCUGAAAGUCCAGGCCUGGCCCCUGUUGUCAUCAUCCCUGCCACUCCUGGCACAACACCAGGUACGACCCCGGGUGGGACCCCUGGUGCCUCAACUCCUGCAGCUUCAACUCCUGCAGCCUCGACUCCUGCAGGCUCGAAUACUGCAGCUUCAACCCCUGCAGCUUCUAAUACUGCAGCUUCGACUCCAGGUGCUUCAACCCCUGGUGCUACUACGCCUGGUACUCAAGUCGUUCCUCUCACUCCAGUCAUCUCCCACGCUCGCAAACAGCUGGUCCAGUUUGUGGACAGUAGAGAGAGGGCGGUCUAAGGUGGGUGAUGGUACAGGGGAAAGCCAGUCCUGGGUGGGGAAUGAGGUCGUUUUCAGUUUAGCUCUUCAGGAUAUACAUGAAUUCAUGCUUUAACUAACUUAGGGAGGACUUGGUGGGGAGUUGGGGAUGUUUUCAGCUGAUUUGAAAGUUGCGAAAGCUUCUAAAUAUAAAUUACUGUUUAUGUUUUUCCCCUUGUGUGCAGAUAUAGCAGAAAAAACAGCUGAAAAUGGAAAUAUUAAAGGCUGACAACAUUGGGACAUCACUUUAAUUCUUAAUAACAGAACCCUUGGUUUUUCCAGUCCUUCUAAACACGCAGCAGUGUUUGUCAGCUGGUGAUGGAUAACGUCGCUGCAGUAGCAUCUCGGCUUGCUUGGAGCAGCUGCAUGGAGGAGGGUUGUAGAGUAUGACCCUCCUAACAUGUGAUGCUGCCUGCCAGGUCAAUAACAAGGUCAAUUCAUACACUUUGUAUUCCUGUGUACACAAUCAGAGCAGUUUGCAGCGACAAACACUGCUGUACAUGAGAAUUGUCUGAUCCAAAUUCGGAUAAAAUGAAGGACGAGGUCAGUUGAAACUUAUAUAUUAUAUUUAACUUGUGUUUUUCAGUAAAUAUCAGUUACUGAGAAAAAUAGAAAAUACGACUUCACAGAAAAUUAAAGAAAAACAGAACUUAACAGGUGCUAAUGAACAUAAGGCUUUACUUUCAUUAAUUUAGAAAACGACAAAGAAAACAUAAAGCAGCUAAGUCUUCAGUCAGCCGAGGCCACAUUGGAUAAAAUUUAAGAGAAAACAAAUGAAUUUAAAUAAUCUUCAAAGCUUAAGCAUCAGAAAGUUAAGACAAAGUUAUUUAACUGCUAGUUGGAUCCCAUUAAUCAGGAAAUUACAAAACAACUAGUUUACAGUAACCAAACAUGCUGACUGCCAGGCUGCAGAAUUUCAUAUAACGUCAUCAAUACCAGUCUUUUCUCUCUCUCUUUUUAGGUUUGUCUAUUACAUGGACACAGAGAAUUUGUAAUAAAAUAUUUAAGUAAGGCAUACUAAGUCAAUCCAAGCUAACAUUCAAAGCUUCUGAUUUUAUUCUGCUUGGAAGUUCUUAUUCUCAUUUUUAAAAGCCUUUAGAUGAUGUUGAACAUCCCGUCCAAUUUUCAGGAAGCCACUCAUUUAUCCAACUUGCUGUCUUUACUGUAUUUACUGUGCAGUACACGGUUGGUGUUUACACACAUCACUGUCAUACAUAAAGAAACAGGUCAGAAUUUACCAUCUGUGAAACAGUAAAAUCUGUUAGCUGAACAUUCUGUCCUUGUUUUAAUGAAACUAUCAGACAGGCAAAUGACAAAAAGUAAAGGUUUCAACUAAACUAUGAAUAUAAGUAAUAAUAAACAUUGCUAAUUUGCUUUAACCGCAAUAAUUUCAAUCAUUGAGCACUUUAGAACACAACAUAAAAGGUACAAUUUAUGUUAAUUGCUAGCAGGCUAAUUAGCUGUAGCAUGAUAUUUUGCAAACUAUGGAUUUGAUGAAGGAAGCUAUAAAAGGGAAAUUAAGCAAUAUAGGAUAUUAAGGGAUAUCAGCUCAUGUUUCUGUUAUUAUAUGUAUUUCAUUUUAUUUACAUAAUUUUUUUGUCAUGUGUAUUUGAUAUCAAAACAUACAUUUUAUGUGUUUAUUAUUAGUUUAUAAACUACAAUAAUUCUCUCACUCUAUAAAGAAACAGAUUUUUUUUCAUAAAUUAGACAAUGUAUCUCACACAUUUUCUUGACAUUGUUUUAAAAAUAUGCUUUUUCUCAUGUUUGGGUCCCGAAAUAUUGACGAACAAGAACAAAAGGUAAGUUAAGAGGCACGGAAAAGAUACAGUCCAACCAAAUAACUCUGCAGGGCAUAAUCACUUAUUGUAUACAUGUCUCUAAGAGACAGAAUGUAGGGUCACUGACAAUCACUUCUUGUUUCAUUGUUGAACCAAUGAAAGAAGGUAAAAUGUCUGACUGAUGAUAAGCUAUUAUGUAUGAAACAGGGAGCUGACCUGCAGAAAUAUCGUUCAGUUCUGUGCUUUCUUAAUCCCAAUUACAGAUGCUAUGGAAGUCAAUCCAGGCCAAGCAAGAUGCUUUUUUUCUGACCAAGCAAACUCCAGAUGAAAAAAAAAUUACAAGUUUUAAAUUUGAAUUAGAUAUCUUAGAUCACUACAUACUUAUUGAAAAAUGUAAAAUGUCAGAACAUAUUUGGUCUUCGGGUGUGCUGUUCACAGAAUACAUGAGACAUUAUAGCCCUCAGAAAUAAAUGGAAAUGGUUCACAAACUUAGUCAGCUGGGACACAAAUUCAAAUUUGUGAAAACACUGAAACUACUUUGUAAAUUAUUCAGCAUUUCUUGAGUUGGGAAAAUCAAAUUUGACCUAACUAAACAGCUGUACAACUCCUGUAAAGUUCAAUUUUCACAUAUGUGUGUUGUCCCACAGCCCAUCCCUUAGUUGAACCUUCUACCUCAAUAUAACUGAAUUUCCAUGCGGCAAAAACUUUUUUUUUUUAAGAACAUGUACUUUCUUUCUCUCUGACUGAAAAAAAAAAUGUUUUAUGUCUUUAAACAUUUUAAUAAUGUAGCUCCCAGAAGGAGAAAGCUAAUUAAAGUUCAGACUUUAAAUAAUGGUCGAAAUGGUGUGCUGCUAGUAUCAAGAAAUGAUAUGAAUGCCGUUUAUUUAGAUAUGGAAAUGUAUUUAUAAUCAUAGAAUGUGGUACUUGACAAUAUCAGUCUUCCAUGUGAAUCUGUCGGAUUUUAUGUUUACUUUUACUAUGCUAGAUAACUUUACUUUGUAUCUGAAUAACUGUAAAAUAGUAACUGUAGGGUCAGUGUCUAUAAUGAGCAGGUAGAUGGUUGUGCAGCUCAUGUUUGAGGGUGAGAAAGUUGAGCAGCACUUUGAGAAUAUACCGUAAAUUUGGGUCUAUGGAACAAAAUACAGAGUUAAACUUGCUUUUGGCAGAACUGCUUCAUCAAACGGUGUCAAACUGAUCUCCAUGUACCGCAGCCUGCUGAUAGAUAAAAGAGUCACUGCAUGUUACUCAUCCAUACAGGCAGCCAGAGGGUUGUACCUCCUCCCAUAGAGAAAGAAAGCACUUACUUUAACUACACAUGCACAUUAUAGUAGUUCCCGCACAUGCUUGAAUGUAUGUGUAUGCAACAGCAAUAAGCCAGCAAAUGAAAUGUGUCUCAGUGCACUGAUGUAAAAUAUCUACGCUUUAGACUGCAACGAUGCCUUGGCCUUGGCUUGAUCAUCACAAAUCUGCGCUUUGCCUUGUAGAGAGACGGCUUCUGCUGUCACGCUUGCGUCAUGUAUGUAUAUUGCUUUCUAAUAGAACACUACACCUUGCUUUGUGUACCUGGUGUAUAUGGUGAUACCUACCUGUGUUGAUAAUUUGACUCUUUUUGUAUUUUUUAAAUGCUCUUGUUUUAUAUUUGAUCACACUUACUGUUCUGAAAUAGGUGGACAAGGUUUUGUGUUACAGUUUCACACGUGAAGGCGUUUAGGUAAUGGAUAGUUUUCAUUGACAGACUUGAAACAGAUGAUUGCUGAUUGAGUGUAACUUCACCACAGUCACUGGACGGCCUCCAUUCAUCAACAAGCGUCACCUUUAUCUGUGCAAGGAUUUCCACAGAGCAGCUGUGGGUGAUACUCGUGACUCAUUAAGUGUGCUAUUGAUGUGGCAAAAUAAAGUCAUUAAAUCAUGA